AUGGCACUUUGGUUGCCGCCUUUGUGGCACAAACUGAAACCACACCUUGAGCAAUUCAGGGAUGCGAAGAAUUUACAAUUAGAGAUCUAUACGGAAAACCAACAUGAGAUCCUUGAUGAUGAGGCUAUGCUCUAUGGUGACGACUCGCCAAAUAACCGGUCUCCGGGCGAAAGCACCGGAUCCCGUGUAUCCGAUUACUAUGCAUUGGAAUCGUCAGAUGAUGAGACUGAAUUUCAUAAAUAUCCCAACAAACCGGCCACGCUCUUCAUCAUAUUCACCAAGGAUGACAUAAUGAACUCAUCUGCUGAAAUACUGAAGCAACGGAUCGUUACAACUAUUGAGGUCCUACGUAUGAUCCAUAGCAACGUGAAAUUGCUAGUGAUAAUGCAUUCCAUUCGUAUUUAUGCACUUCACGGUCAAACUACAACGUCAGAUUCGCAAGAAUCGCUGCAAGAGGCACGGGCACCGCAUAUACAUAGCGUUGCUCUCGAUGACAUCAUAUGCUCACUGAUGAUCGAGCAUCGAGUGGAUACAAUUGAGGCAGAAGAUGAUGUUGAUCUGGCCAAGUUUAUGAUUCUCGCAAGUUCCUCCGUCGAACUAUGCUCAACGAACAAGAUUGCGAUGGCGUACAGAACAAAGCCACUUGGAAACGUCCCUCAGGAAAUAUCAUUGAUAUGUAAGACGUGGAUAAUGCAGCUCCAGCAAAUACCAGAGGUCGGCAGGGAUGCUGCGGCUACCAUCGCAAACAUAUACAAGACACCUGCAGAAAUCAUGGAAGCGGUAGCUGCAUCUCGGGAGGAAUUUGUACGUUCGUUACGUAACCUCACCAUUGGCACACGUGGUUCUAGAAAACUGGGCAUCAAUGCAGCCAAAAGGUAUAGCAGCGUAUUAGUUGACAUGUGA